GUAAAGGCGCGAGGCCCUAACGUCAGCCAGCCACAGGAAGCCUGCCAGCACACCAUCCUGCUGUUUACCGCCACACACCUGCCGCCCCACACACCUGCCACCGCCAUGCACACCUUCCUCUCCAGGGUGAACGCCGUCAGCGCCUUCAGCCUCAGCACCCUGGCGGCCCUCACGUUCUUCUGCUUCGCCUCCACGUUCUUCAAGAGCUACACGGCGCCCGUCUCCAUCACCGCCGCCAAUAUUGUGCUAAAGAAUGUCCCGGAGUACGCCGUGUCUCGAGAGAAGAAUGACCUGGGUGCCCUACGCUUUGACAUGACCUCUGACCUGACCCCGCUCUUCAACUGGAAUACCAAGCAGCUCUUCCUUUACUUGGUGGCCGAGUACGAGACGCAGAACAAUAAGGUCAACCAGGUUGUGUUGUGGGACAGGAUCAUUCGCCGAGGGGAAUCGUCCAUCAUCACGCUAAAGAACCAACACCUCAAAUAUUACUUCUGGGAUGACGGCAAUGGACUGCUGGGCCACAAGAACGUCAGUCUCUCUCUCUCGUGGAACAUCAUCCCCAUCGCCGGUACGCUCCCCCUCUGGAGUGGGAGCGGCUCAUACAAACUCUCCUUCCCCUCGGAGUACACGCAGGGCCGCAGCUCCUACUGAGGGGAGGCUGCGGGGAAGAGGAUGUGACUCGCCUCUACUUUAUCUUCUUACUUUCCUUUCUUUUACCUUACAGUCGCACUCCUUUCCUUUCUUACUCUCCCCUUUCCUAACUAUCAUACUCUCCUCUACUAGUUAUUUCACUCUCCUCAUUUACUUCUUUUGUUUUCCGCUCUCAUUUCUCAUAAUCAUUCUCUUCUCUCCUUUCUUACUUAUUUUCUCCUCUCCUCUUCUCUUAUUAUGUUACUUUCCUCUUCUCUCUCUUUCUUACUCCCGGCCUCUUGCAGACUCCUUAUGUUAUGUUAAAGGGCAAAAGGGAGGUCUGUCUCUGUUUUGGUUCUUUUCUCCAUUUCUUUCUCUCUUCCUAACUCUUUAAUGCUUUCUUUUCUGUUUAUGUGUUUUCAGUUACUUAUCGACUCUCAUUGCCUUGUUCUGUGUUAAUUUUCUCACUUUAUCUAAUUCUUCUUGUCUCCUUUUCCUUCUCCCAUUGUCAUUCUUCCUGUCUGCUUCUUCUUCUUCCUUUUCCUUCUCCCAUUGUCAUUCUUCCUGUCUGCUUCUUCUUCUUCCUUUUCCUUCUCCCAUUGUCAUUCUUCCUGUCUCCUUUUCCUUCCUCCCAUUGUCAUUUUUCCUAUCUUCCUUUUCUUUCUCCUUUUCCUUCUCCCAUUGUCAUUCUUCCUGUCUUAUUUUUUCUUCCUUUUCCUUCUCCCAUUAUCUUACGUUUCUCCUCCUUUUCAUUACUGUGUCCUUAUUCUGUACCCUCUUAGAUGUGCGUAUGUGUACGUUUGCGUGUGUGCGUGUGUGUGUGUGUGUGUGUGUGGUGUGCGUGCUCGUAUGAAUGUGUGUGUUUUAUCUCAUGCAGUCGGUGUUCUCACAAAGACAACAAGACAAACUAAUCCUGGAAGUGAACUCCCAGGAAUCAAGAAAAUAAAAAAACGCCACUUUGUUACGAAAACCAAAAUAAUGACAAAAAAAGAAAAUGGGAUCAGGAACACUGCCAAGGGGCGACUUAAUAUUUUUUCAGCCAUUAUUUGUAUUUUUUCCCUAUUUAUCCCCUUAGAGGUGUAUGAAUGGGGUUUAUUUAUAAUUUGUUAAUGCUCUACCUUUCAAGAUUAAAUGAUUUUGUUUGUAGUUUAA